GUCAAGCUGCGGUCAUACUACGCGAAAAACCGGCGCUUUUACGGCACGCUUGUUUUAUUUUUCCCUAAAAACGCCACUAAAAUCAAACAAACAUCAUGUCGGCUGGUAUGCCCAUCAACCCCAAGCCCUUCCUGAACGGCCUGACGGGCAAGCCGGUGCUGGUGAAGCUGAAAUGGGGCCAGGAGUACAAGGGCUUCCUGGUCUCCGUCGACGGCUACAUGAACAUGCAGCUGGCCAACACGGAGGAGGUGAUCGAGGGCUCCGUCACCGGCAAUCUCGGCGAGGUGCUCAUCCGCUGCAACAAUGUGCUGUACAUCAAGGGCAUGGAGGACGACGACGAGGAGGGCGAGAUGCGCGACUAGCCGAUGGACCCAAACACCCACAACUUACUUAUAAGCCUACGAAUGUAAAGAAAUAAAGCUAAUUUUAUUUUGUAAUCCCA